AUGCUUGGACAGGUGAUCGGGAACAAGUGGGACCACUACCUCGAUCUUCUCCAGGCUGAUUACACUGAGGGGGAUGCUCUGGAUGCCUUGGGCUUGGUUCGCUACUGCUGCCGCCGUAUGCUCAUGACCCAUGUUGACCUCAUCGAGAAGUUGCUCAACUACAACAGUAAGUUGAUGCUGUUAUAUAACUUUGUAAGCUAUAUUCUGCUGCUUUCUUUGUUAUUUCUUUUGGAACUGACAGUAGUUCAUUUUCAGCCCUGGAGAAGACGGAGACAAGUUGAGUUAAUUGAACCCACUCUGCCUCGAAAUCCUUGUUCCUUUGUACUUUUCAAGAUGGUGGUAUGCUGUUUCUUAUGUCAGUGCUUAGGAGGUGCAAAGUGUGAGGUCCUGAAAUGA